GAGGGCGGAGCGGCUGCGAGGGGUGGCUGGAGGCCGGCUGCUGGCGGAGUAGAGCGAACCGGGAAGCACGCGCCACCAGCGGGGCUGGCUGGCUUUCUCUUUCUGCCCACACGACCCUGUCCUUCCCCACAGCCCCUGGAGUUCGGGAGCGCGCGGGCUAGCGCGCACACCGGCUCGCAUCCACACACACGCCAGAGCGCGCGAUCAUCACUGCUGCAGCCCCGGCCGGGCAGACGGAGCUGCUGCAGUUUCCCCAGGGUCAACCGGGAAAGCAGACCGGUCUUGCCUCGGAGAGAGCCUGGUGCCCGCCGGCCCCCUGGGGUAUCAAGCCCAACAGACUGCUCCCCUCCAUCGGGCAGCUGGAAUGUUUGUGGAUUCUUCUGAAACCUUCUAAGCCUGACUCUGAGGACCCAGCUGGAGGAUGCCGUCUGAACACUGCCUUAGUAUUCAAGAAAUGCUGACGGGCCAGAGGCUGUGCCACUCGGAAUCUCACAAUGACACUGUCCUCGCAGCACUGAAUCAGCAAAGAAGUGAUGGCAUUCUCUGUGAUGUGACCCUGAUCGCUGAGGAGCAGAAAUUCCACGCCCACAAGGCAGUCCUAGCGGCCUGCAGUGACUAUUUCCGGGCAAUGUUCAGUCUUUGUAUGGUGGAAAGUGGAGCCGAUGAAGUAAAUUUACGUGGUGUGACCAGCCUGGGCUUAAAGCAGGCUCUGGAGUUUGCAUACACAGGACAGAUUUUGUUGGAGCCAGGAGUGAUCCAAGAUGUGUUAGCAGCUGGCAGUCAUCUUCAGCUGUUGGAGCUUCUCAGUUUGUGUUCCCACUAUCUCAUCCAGGAACUAAAUAGCUUUAAUUACUUGGAUCUGUACAGACUUGCUGACCUCUUUCACCUCACUUUGUUGGAGAAGGCAGUGAUUGAUUUCCUAGUGAAGCAUCUCUCAGAGCUCCUGAAGAGCCGCCCAGAGGAUGUCCUUAAGCUGCCCUACUGCCUGCUUCAGGAGGUGCUGAAGAGUGACCGCCUGACCUCCCUGAGUGAGGAACAGAUCUGGCAGCUAGCUGUGAGGUGGCUGGAACACAACUGCCAUUACCAGCAUAUGGACGAGCUCCUGCAGUACAUCCGCUUCGGCCUAAUGGAUGUAGAUACACUCCACACGGUUGCCCUGUCCCACCCUCUGGUCCAGGCAAGUGAGACGGCAACUGCCCUUGUCAAUGAGGCCCUGGAAUACCACCAAAGCAUCUAUGCACAGCCUGUAUGGCAGACCCGCAGGACAAAACCGCGAUUCCAGUCCGAUACUCUUUAUAUUAUUGGUGGGAAAAAGCGUGAGGUCUGCAAAGUCAAGGAACUACGGUACUUCAAUCCUGUGGACCAGGAGAAUGCUCUCAUAGCCGCCAUUGCCAACUGGAGUGAGCUGGCUCCCAUGCCGGUGGGAAGGAGCCAUCACUGUGUGGCAGUCAUGGGGGAUUUCCUGUUUGUAGCAGGAGGAGAAGUGGAACAUGCCACUGGCCGGACGUGUGCAGUGAGGACUGCCUGUCGCUAUGACCCCCGCAGUAAUUCCUGGGCAGAGAUAGCACCCAUGAAAAAUUGCCGGGAACAUUUUGUGCUGGGUGCCAUGGAUGAGUACCUCUAUGCAGUAGGGGGCAGAAACGAAUUGCGCCAAGUUCUACCUACAGUUGAAAGAUACUGCCCCAAGAAGAACAAAUGGACUUUUGUGCAGUCCUUUGACAGAUCCCUUUCGUGUCACGCUGGAUAUGUGGCUGACGGCCUUCUUUGGAUAUCAGGUGGAGUGACAAACACAGCACAGUAUCAGAACAGACUGAUGGUAUAUGAACCUAACCAGAAUAAGUGGAUAAGUCGGAGCCCCAUGCUACAGAGAAGGGUCUACCACUCCAUGGCUGCUGUCCAGAGGAAGCUUUAUGUUCUUGGAGGCAAUGACCUAGAUUACAAUAAUGACCGGAUUCUUGUACGUCACAUAGAUUCUUACAACAUUGACACUGAUCAGUGGACACGCUGUAAUUUCAACUUGUUGACUGGCCAGAAUGAAUCUGGAGUUGCUGUCCAUAAUGGGAGAAUAUAUUUAGUUGGUGGAUAUUCAAUUUGGACAAAUGAGCCUCUGGCUUGUAUCCAGGUAUUGGAUGUAAGCAGAGAAGGCAAAGAGGAGGUGUUCUAUGGACCUACGCUUCCCUUUGCUUCGAACGGAAUAGCAGCGUGUUUCCUGCCAGCUCCGUAUUUCACGUGCCCCAACCUUCAGACUCUGCAAGUGCCUCACCAUAGGAUCGGCACUGUCUGAUAAGCCAGCACUCUGUUAGACAGCAUCAACAGGAGACUGAAUGAGACCUUGACAUCUGGAUACAGGGCAUGAACAUCCUCCGUGCUCGAUGGUUCCCUGUCUUAUCUCACAGGUCUAAAAUUGUGCUAAAUACUAGCAAAAAAAUGAAUAAUUUUCUAAAACAUAUUAUCGAAAACUUUGUCACUUCUUUCAGUGUAUGUGAACAUACAAUAUGUAUGACUUUUGUUGUGGUGCACCUUAGUGCCAUCCUAUGGCACGAUAUGUUCUGUGGAUCUUUCAAACAUUCUUUGUACCCCUGUCCUACUUAGUCUGGGAUCAUGUGAUACUGUCAGUAAGGCACUGUACACACAUGGCAUCGGUUUUCUCAAAAUCUUCUGUACUUAUGCCUUUUUAUUACUUAAACAUCAGCGUGUCAUUUUUCAAAUUUAACGUUCCACAGCUCUGCUCAGCAGAAGGUCAGCAGGAUGAUAUCAUCUCAGCUUUAAGUGCCACAUUUCCUUCAAGGUGAUGGGAGUCAAGGACUUGGAACAGUCAGAUUUCCAACCUUGGCCACUGGGACCUUGUUUCAGAACUUUCUAGGGCUAGGUUUCUCAUCCUUGGAAGAGGAUACUUAUUCAUUUCCACCUUAGCUAAAGAGAAUGCUGUGAGGAUUAGGCAAAUGCUUAGAAUUUUGCCUAAGGGGGGAAAAUGUUACUUAGAUUCUAAAGUGUUCUGCUGUCUUUAGAGCCCCAUAACUGAACCAUUUUAUUUCCACUUUUAUAAAUUUUGAGAUGAGAUGUUGAGACGGUCCGGUGGGAUAAAGGAGUCUGAGAGCAUUGGGAAGACACUGCACCCAUACUGAGCAGGAAUGCCAGAGAUGCUGAAAUUUGGACAAAUUCUUGCCUCAAAGAAUUCUUUUUAAAUGUCUCAUCUACAGUUAAAAAAAAAUUACCUGUAGUAACCGUGGCACUGUAGAAGGCUGUGACAUAAGUCUGAACUGAGAGUCAGUAGUUCUAAUAAACGUUUUCCAAGUUGAUAAAGGUAAUGUCAGGCUUGCACACUUGGAAGAUUCUGCACCACUGCCAAUACAUCUUUUAUUACUACCCCUUUUAAUAAUGACUAAUUCAUUUUUAGUCUAGAGUUUUGGGUUUGCUUUAUCUCUAACUAAAAAUAAAUCAUCUUAGCAAUCACAUUUUGACAUAAAUUCAACAUGUUUGUUGUUUCUAAUCUUGCCAAGACUUGAGGUCAUUUUUAUUAAAAGGGAAGCUGCUUUCUCUCCGCUGCUUACGUCAUUUGCUUAUGUCAUAGAGAUUGUCUGUCUUAUUCACGUAACCACUUAUUUUUUAUCAUAAGUAAACGAAAAAAUACUUCUCUUCUUGUUCAGGGUGGCUUUCAAUUGGCUGUGUAGCUAUACUGGCCUCUAACUCAUGAUCUUCCCCAAAAAAACAAUCUUUUUAUCUUAACAAAUUUACUAAUUUUAUGCAUUACAGUAUGAUAGUUAAAGCAGUGUUCUACAGAUAUAAAUGCUCUCUGGUUACUGGGUUAAAGGACAGGAAGUGAUGGAAAGGGUAAGGAAGAAAGGUAAAAAAACAGGAGUUCAGACAGAAACAAGGACCGUUUGGAGACGUGAUACAGGUAAGUGGUGAGAACAUUUUAUAAAGUUCCCUAUGAGCCUUCAGAGAUAAACGCAAUCGUUCUGUCAGGAAAGUGCCUUCCUGCCUUUCUGAUCUGUUUCAACAAAGACCUAAAUAAAAAGUGCUUCAGAUGUACUGAACUUUCUACUUGAUACACGAAUUUUCUCUCUAGUAGUUUUUCGUUGUAAAAUCAUUACCUUCUAUUUAUGUUCUCAGGUCUUAUACCCAGUGAGUGUAAGGAAAUGUCUUAAAAAUAAGCUUGCCUGACAGAUAGUGGACAACCCUAGACUGUUUCUGUAACCAUUUCUAACCAUUCACCAAAGUCAGCAUCAAUGACCAAUUUCUCCUCACCAGUCUUCAUGGGAUACUUUUUGCAAUUUGGACAGUCUUCACAUCUAUAAUCAAGGAACAGCAUCAGAAGUAGCAUACUCCUUUACUAAAAAAAGAAAAAAAGAUUGUAUAAUUGGAUCCCUUUGCUCAAAAUCAUCUGCAAUGAAAACAAAAUCUAUGAAAUUGUAUUUGGUGUAUAUAAGCAAAUCUUAUCUGAACCACUCAGCUAUAUGUCUACUAUGUAAGUGUAGUAUCCUACUGUAAUUUAUCUUUCCUUUUCAAUCUUUAGAAUUAAAGACUGUAUUUUACUUUCCAUUUAAGACCAU